CUGCUGAUCGCGCUAUCGCUCGGCUCACCCAUGGCUCAGGAUUGAUUUGACUGUUCUAUACUUGCACCACUUCACCUCAUAAUCCAGAGUAUAAUUCACAGGCAGACGAUUGUAGGAAGAAUAGUCAACGCGUUUGUUGAAACAGCUGAAUGCCUCGAGCCAGGGCCCUGAAGUCUAUAUCGCGGUGAUCGCCAAAUCGCGUUAGAGGUGAUCGCAAAAACGUAUAUGUCACGUGCACUUUGUUGUGUUUCAGGCACGCCGGCGCGUUCGUAAACAGCGCUACAAUAUCAGUCUUUGGUUACUGUGUCAGUAUACCGCAAAGACUCAGGAUAGGUUGACAAGCGACUAUUCUGAUCUAUCUAGCUGCGAUUUGUGGAUCUGACUACAAUGGCAAAAACAACAAAUUCAAAGAGCAAACCCCAGACUGCGCGGAAGACCAAACCCGCUCCUGCGAAACCAAAGCCUCAGAAAUCAUCUGCAAAGGUAGUCAAGAAGAAAUUCGCAGAGAAUCCGCAGCGGAAAGCGAAAUCAGAGACCUCACGAUCCCCCAAGACGACGAAGAAGUCUCGUGCUCCUCCUCCUCAAGAAGAUGACCAAGCCGAGCAGGAAGGACAGGAAGAGCCAGCUAAUGAGAAUCCGCUGCGGCUUGUGCCUGUGGUGCGAAAGGUGCAGAUUGCGGACUGGGUGCCGCUGUCGGAUAAUGCGCGAGAGGAGAUUCUGAAGGUGAUGCAGUCGGUGUCGUUUGCGAUCUACAGCUCGCUCACGACGGAGGAACAUCGACGGACCGCGCAGGAGGUUAUCGCGGGGCUUUUGGAAAAGUUCGAGCGGAAGCUGAGACGAUUGCCUGUUCCGGCAAGCACAAAGGACUGGAGUUUCCAGUACGAAAAGACAUUGGAGAUGAACGCCCAGCUCGAGACAGCUCUGGCGAGCAAUGUCCGGCAGAUCACGACGCUGGAAGCCGAGAUCACGGCAGAGGAGAAGGCGAUUGAGGAGGAUAAUGUGUAUUUGCAGUCAUUGAAACGAAACGCCAAAUCACAGGAGAUGUCGAGGGCUGUGCAGCAGAAGAAGUUGGAUCAACUGUUCCGUGAUUCCUCUGAAAUAGAGUCGCAAGGAGACGACGCAGAGAGCAUCAAUUUUGUUUUGCACGACUAUCAGGACCCGCAGACCACGAACGACAAAGACAUCCAAAACCUGCUCGAACGACUGCGCCCGCAUCUCGCGUCGAUGAGUGCCAACAUCGCAGGUCUCGACGAGGUGUUGUCUGCUACGCGUCAGGUCGCCGGCGCGCUGUUCUCCCUGCGGGAGUGAUUACAUCAUUGCUUACAUCAUUAAUUGGGUUAGGUGAUCAAAUACUCCGCAUUCAAGCGAGGGACGCGCUCAUUCCUGAAAUUCCC